GCGCAUUUUCAUUUCGUUUUUUACUAGAGACAACACGCGUUUUGAAAUUGUGACACGUGUCCUUUACCAUUGAAUAAAGGUGAAACGAAGUUUAAGUGAAGCUAAAAGUAUUUGCCAAAACGUGCACACACAAACAGAGGAGGCAGCAUUUCAUACGAAAUUUUUCAUUUUUGCGUUCAUUUUCUCACUUGUCGUUCGACUGUCUAAACGUCUUGAUCCUGGUUAAACUAUUUUCUGUUAAAAAAAAAAAAAAUAAAUAUAAGUAAAAGUAUCAAAAUGAACAGACCAGAGGCAAAUUCACGUCUGAGUUCCUACAAGUCGAACUCAAUCAACACGCAGGACUCGCGUGUGCGUCGUCAUGAGGUGACCAUAGAGCUUCGCAAGUCCAAAAAGGAGGACCAGAUGUUCAAGCGCCGCAACAUCAACGAUGAAGAUCUGACCUCGCCGCUCAAGGAGCCAAAUGGACAAUCUCCAGUCCAGUUGUCGGUGGACGAAAUUGUGGCUGCCAUGAACAGCGAGGAUUCGGAGCGUCAGUUUGUGGGAAUGCAAUCGGCUCGCAAGAUGUUGAGUCGGGAGCGUAACCCACCUAUUGAUUUGAUGAUUGGUCAUGGCAUUGUACCGAUUUGUAUCAGAUUCCUGCAAAAUGUCGCCAAUCCAAUGCUCCAGUUCGAAGCUGCUUGGGCUCUGACCAAUAUUGCAUCGGGCACUUCCGAUCAGACCCGCUGCGUCAUUGAGCAGGAUGCCGUGCCGCAUUUCAUUUCCUUGCUGACAUCGAAGUCCAUUCAACUUGCCGAACAGGCUGUCUGGGCUUUGGGUAAUAUUGCCGGCGAUGGACCAAUUGCACGUGAUAUUGUUAUAAAUCAUGGUGUCAUCGAUGGGAUUCUGCGUUUGAUCAACGAUGAGACUCCACUUUCGUUCCUCCGCAACAUUGUUUGGCUUAUGUCGAAUUUGUGCCGCAAUAAGAACCCGUCGCCACCUUUUGAGCAAGUGAAACGUUUGCUGCCCAUUCUAUCGCAUCUUUUGUUGAGUACGGAUAUUCAAGUUUUGGCCGAUGCCUGUUGGGCCCUGUCCUAUGUGACAGAUGAUGAUAACAACAAGAUUCAGGCUGUCGUGGAUACGGAUGCGGUACCCAGGUUGGUUAACUUGUUGCAAAUGGAUGAGCCAAGUAUUAUAGUGCCGGCCCUGCGCAGUGUGGGUAAUAUAGUGACGGGCACAGAUCAACAGACUGACGUGGUCAUUGCUAGCGGUGGCCUACCUAGAUUGGGCCUGUUGCUGCAGCACUCGAAAAGCAACAUUGUUAAAGAGGCCGCCUGGACAGUAAGCAAUAUUACUGCUGGUAACCAGAAGCAGAUUCAGGCCGUCAUUGAAGCCGGAAUUUUCAAUUAUAUUAAGCAAGUCCUGGAAAAUGGUGAUUUUAAGGCUCAGAAGGAAGCUGCCUGGGCUGUUACCAAUACCACAACUUCGGGAACUCCUGAGCAGAUCGUAGAUCUCAUUGAGAAGUACAAGAUCUUGAAACCCUUUAUCGAUCUUUUGGACGCUAAGGAUCCACGUACCAUUAAGGUGGUCCAGACUGGACUUUUGAAUCUGUUCAAUCUCGCUGAGAAACUGGGUGGCACCGAAAAUCUUUGCCUGAUGGUCGAAGAAAUGGGUGGAUUGGAUAAAUUGGAAGCCCUCCAGCAGCAUGAAAACGAGGAAGUCUAUAAGAAAGCCUAUGCCAUUAUUGAUACCUACUUCAAUACUGGCGAUGAAGGUGCUGAACAGGAGUUGGCUCCACAGGAAGUAAAUGGAGCUUUAGAAUUUAAUGCUACUCAACCCAAGGCUCCCGAAGGGGGCUACACCUUUUAAACUAGACAAAUCCACAAUUGCACAUUUUCGCUCCGCAUGCACACACACAUACACAAUAUUUAUUCAGUUCUUUUUUGGAGUUCAAAUUUUACUCAAAUCACCACCAUUUUCCACUUUUCCAUUGGAAUUGUGCUAGGCGUCAGACUUCCUUUUUAUUCCCACCGAUACACAUUGUUCGGAUUCUUUUAGUGUGGUGAUGAGUUAGUUAAUUCUGUGGCGCAUUUUUUCAACUUAUACAUUUCCAACCUAUUUCUUGACCAGCUGAGCUGGUUCGUCAUCAUCGAAUCCAGCAUUGUGUCUGGCGCUUUUACAGUUUCUUUUAUUCAAUUUCAAAAUUUUUUUCUUUUAGUUUUUGUUCCAUGUUAACAUAAUAAACAAGUUGAUCCGA